GCGACAAGCGCCCGUUGGUCACGUGACCCGCCUCUGCGCGUCCCCGGGCACGACCCCGGAGUCUCCGUGGGCUGCCGGGGCGCGCGUGCGCGGAGGUUCUCCUCGUCUGCCCGUUGCUCAGCGAGGGAGUCUCUGCGCGUGCCGCAGCUGACGGGGAAACUGAGGCACGGAGCGGGCCUCCAGGAGCUGUCCGGGUCAUCUCCUACCAUGGGAGUGAGGCACCCGCCCUGCUCCCGCCGGCUGCUGGCUGUCUGCGCCCUUGUGUCCUUGGCCACCGCUGCGCUCCUGGGGCACAUCCUGCUCCAUGAUUUCCUGCUGGUUCCCCGAGAGCUGAGUGGAUCCUCGUCGGUCCUGGAGGAGACACGCCCAGCUCACCAGCAGAGAGCCAGGAGGCCAGGGCCCCAGGAUGCCCAGGCACACCCCGGCUGUCCCAGAGCAGUGCCCACACAGUGCGACGUCCCCCCCAACAGUCGCUUCGACUGUGCCCCUGACAAGGCCAUCACCCAGGAACAGUGCGAGGCCCGCGGCUGCUGCUACAUCCCUGCAAAGCAGGGGCUGCGGAGAGCCCAGAUGGGACAGCCCUGGUGCUUCUUCCCACCCAGCUACCCCAGCUACAAGCUGGAGAACCUGAGCGCCUCUGAAAUGGGCUAUACGGCCACCCUGACCCGUACCACCCCCACCUUCUUCCCCAAGGACAUCCUGACCUUGCGGCUGGACGUGAUGAUGGAGACUGAGAACCGCCUCCACUUCACAAUCAAAGAUCCUGCUAACAGGCGCUACGAGGUGCCCUUGGAGACCCCGCGUGUCCCCAGCCGGGCACUGUCCCCACUCUACAGCGUGGAGUUCUCCGAAGAGCCCUUUGGGGUGGUCGUGCGCCGGCAGCUGGACGGCCGCGUGCUGCUGAACACGACGGUGGCGCCCCUGUUCUUUGCGGACCAGUUCCUUCAGUUGUCCACCUCGCUGCCCUCUCAGUACAUCACAGGACUCGCCGAGCACCUCAGUCCCCUGAUGCUCAGCACCAGCUGGACCAGGAUCACCCUGUGGAACCGGGACCUCGCGCCCACGCCCGGUGCGAACCUCUACGGGUCUCACCCUUUCUACCUGGCGCUGGAGGAUGGCGGGUCGGCACAUGGGGUGUUCCUGCUGAACAGCAAUGCCAUGGAUGUGGUCCUGCAGCCGAGCCCUGCCCUUAGCUGGAGGUCGACAGGUGGGAUCCUGGAUGUGUACAUCUUCCUGGGCCCGGAGCCCAAGAGCGUGGUGCAGCAGUACCUGGAUGUUGUGGGAUACCCGUUCAUGCCGCCGUACUGGGGCCUGGGCUUCCACCUGUGCCGCUGGGGCUACUCCUCCACCGCCAUCACCCGCCAGGUGGUAGAGAACAUGACCAGGGCCCACUUCCCCCUGGACGUCCAGUGGAACGACUUGGACUACAUGGACUCCCGGCGGGACUUCACGUUCAACAAGGACGGCUUCCGGGACUUCCCAGCCAUGGUGCAGGAGCUGCACCGGGGCGGCCGGCGCUACGUGAUGAUUGUGGAUCCUGCCAUCAGCAGCUCGGGCCCUGCCGGGAGCUACAGACCCUACGACGAGGGUCUGCGAAGGGGGGUUUUCAUCACCAACGAGACCGGCCAGCCACUGAUUGGGAAGGUGUGGCCCGGGUCCACUGCCUUCCCCGACUUCACCAACCCUGCAGCCCUGGCCUGGUGGGAGGACAUGGUGGCUGAGUUCCAUGACCAGGUGCCCUUCGACGGCAUGUGGAUUGACAUGAACGAGCCUUCCAACUUCAUCAGGGGCUCUGAGGACGGCUGCCCCAACAAUGAGCUGGAGAGGCCGCCCUACGUGCCUGGGGUGGUUGGGGGGACCCUCCAGGCGGCCACCAUCUGUGCCUCCAGCCACCAGUUCCUCUCCACACACUACAACCUGCACAACCUCUACGGCCUGACUGAAGCCAUCGCCUCGCACAGGGCACUGGUGAAGGCUCGGGGGACACGCCCAUUUGUGAUCUCCCGCUCGACCUUUGCUGGCCACGGCCGAUAUGCCGGCCACUGGACAGGGGACGUGUGGAGCUCCUGGGAGCAGCUCGCCGCCUCCGUGCCAGAAAUCCUGCAGUUUAACCUGCUGGGGGUGCCUCUGGUCGGGGCCGACGUCUGCGGCUUCCUGGGCAACACCUCAGAGGAGCUGUGUGUGCGCUGGACCCAGCUGGGGGCCUUCUACCCCUUUAUGCGGAACCACAACGGCCUGCUCAAUCUGCCCCAGGAGCCGUACAGUUUCAGCGAGCUGGCCCAGCAGGCCAUGAGGAAGGCCCUCACCCUGCGCUACGCACUCCUCCCCCACCUCUACACGCUGUUCCACCAGGCCCACGUCGCUGGGGAGACCGUGGCCCGGCCCCUCUUCCUGGAGUUCCCCAAGGACUCUAGCACCUGGACUGUGGACCACCAGCUCCUGUGGGGGGAGGCCCUGCUCAUCACCCCAGUGCUGCAGGCCGGGAAGGCCGAAGUGACCGGCUACUUCCCCUCGGGCACAUGGUACGACCUGGAGACGGUGCCAAUAGAGGCCCUUGGCAGCCUCCCACCCCCACCUGCAGCUCCCCGUGAGCCAGCCAUCCACAGCGAGGGGCAGUGGGUGACGCUGCCAGCCCCCCUGGACACCAUCAACGUCCACCUCCGCGCUGGGUACAUCAUCCCCCUGCAGGGCCCUGGCCUCACAACCACAGAGUCCCGCCAGCAGCCCAUGGCCCUGGCUGUGGCCCUGACCAAGGGUGGGGAGGCCCGGGGGGAGCUGUUCUGGGACGAUGGAGAGAGCCUGGAAGCGCUGGAGCGAGGGGCCUACACACAGGUCAUAUUCCUGGCCAGGAGUAACACGAUCAUGAAUGAGCUGGUACAUGUGACCAGCGAGGGGGCUGGCCUGCAGCUGCAGAAGGUGACCGUCCUGGGCGUGGCCACAGCGCCCCAGCAGGUCGUCUCCAACGGCGCCCCUGUCUCCAACUUCACCUACAGCCCCGACACCAAGGUCCUGGACAUCCCUGUCUCGCUGUUGAUGGGAGAGCAGUUUCUCAUCAGCUGGUCUUAGCCGGGCGGAGUGUGUGAAGCCUCUGCAGGGAGAGACUGGUUCCCCAGGGGAGCAGAGCCUGCGUGUGGGCAGCAGCUGUGUGCGGGCCUGGGGGUUGGAUGCGUCACCUGGAGCUAGACACUGACCCGAGCUCCCACAUCGCUGUUUCCACCUCCUGGGCCGGGGCUCUGACUCCCACCAUGUCUAGAAGAGGUUUCUCCCUCGAUCGUGCCGUGGGCUGGGGCCCGGAGGGCUGCUCUGCGUUAGUAAGAUUGUCAGGUUUGCCCUCCUCACCUCACCUGUUGCCGGUGUGCGGGCAGCCUUAGCCACCCGCCUCCAUCUGUCCCCCGCACUGGAGAAAGGGGUGCUCGGAUGGAGGUGUGGGACGUGCGCCUGAGUUCCUGCCUCACGCCUGCUGCUCCGCCCGAACGCGACCACAGCCCGGCUGCCCAGAGGGCUGGAUGCCUGCUGGUCCCCGAGCAAGCCCCGGAACUCAGGAAAAUUCACAAGACUUGGGAGAUUCUAAAUCUUAAGUGCAAUUAUUUUUAAUAAAAGGGGCAUUUGGAAUCAG